AUGCAGAAUAUGUGGAGAGGAAUGGAUGGCAAGGCCUAUGACGGACCAAUCGCCGCCAUACACAUUAGACGGUCAGAUAAAAUCAUGCCUGAAGCAAAGUCUCAUGCUGUGGCCGAGUAUAUGUUCAACGUGGAGCGUUUCUUUGAUAUGAAGGAGGCGGAAUCCGAUUUUCUCAUCGGUACCGGCAGUUCUAACAUUUGCAGACUGGCCUAUGUGCUGGCCUCGUUAAAGUCUCAAAUUCAGGGUGAUGCGGCUUUCCAAUGGCAGUCGGUGGAUGAGAUGAAUGAGUGCAGUUUUUCACGGAAACGAUGGUGGCGAGCCAUUGCAGACUUCAAGCAGGAGGCUGUCAAGCUGGGUGAUCAUGUGAGCAUACUGUCAACACAAUGGGUCGGAUUUGUGCAGACUGCUUGGUCAUUGUACAGAUACUGUGAUACUGUCCUACCGGCUUAA